CUUUCACCUUUGCAACAGACAACUACACACUACACAGUACAGUAUACUCAUGACAGCGCCACAUCCCCUGAUACAAUGACAGACACCCAAGACGAAGAAGACUACUUCCUCCCGCUCGAGGACCAACGGGUCUUCGGCGCCGGAAUCCGCCGCAAGCGCAUACCCUUCGUGCGCUCCUCCGAGCCCGACCUCAACACCACCUCCUCCGCGCUCCGCUCCAGCCAUGCCUCCGCUCCUCCCAGCACAACAUCUGGCGCCCGUAUCGCGAACACCUAUCUGUCGCUUGUACUCUCCAAGUCGACAACGCCUACUCCUGGCCCCCCUUCCGUCUCGUCUUCCGAGCUCGCAACAACAGCGACAUCCACCACAAACACCCCUCCACCAAGUCUAGAACACUCAUCACGCCCCGCAACAACAUCACCUUACCCCUCCCUGGUCCCCCACGACCAAAACCCCACCCCAAGCCUCAAUGAAACUCCAAUCUGCGAAGUCUGCAACCUCCCACUCAAUGUGUCCUACUCAAAGCACGAAGAACAACCCCAACCCUCAUCCCCACCAUCAUCAACAACCCCCAAAGAACCUUACCGCCCACACGAAGCCUCGCUCGCACACCAACUCUGCCUCACGCAUUCCCACCCGCCCUCGCACCUCGACCGCACACGACACGGAAUGCGCUACCUCGCCUCCUACGGCUGGGACCCUGACAGCCGGCUGGGGCUGGGCGCGCCAGGCCGGGAGGGGAUUCGGGAGCCGGUGAAGGGGAAAUUGAAGGUCGAUACGGUGGGGUUGGGGGUGAAUCACGCUGCCGGGGUGGAUACCGAUGAGGAGGACCUUCCCGCAAAUCGGAGGAGGGGGAAACGUGCAGACCAAACGGCCUCUGCUGCUGCUGCUGCCUCCAAGUCGCACACAACUGGAGGAGGGAAGGGUAAGGUACAGAAGUUGAAUGCUAAGGAGGUGCGCAAGGGUCAGAUCGACGCGAAGAAGCGCGGGGAGAGGUUGCGCGAGCUGUUUUAUCAGGAUGAGCGGAUUCUACAGUAUCUUGGUGGUGGGGAGAUGUGAUUUUCCUGUUGGAAUUGGUAUGGAGGGGUUGGGGGGAUGUGCGGUUGAGGUUUGGGAGGCAAUGCUGUG